AUGCACCGUUCACGGGCUGUCGAUUCACCACAAUCAGGCGAUGAAGCACCUCCAAAAUCUAAAGAAGGCGGUGGAAGUCGUCGUCAACGAUGGUCAUUCGCAUUCAGACGACGAUGGUUUUCCACGUCCGCACGUGAUCUGAAAAGCGAUCAUUCGGGCUUAGAAAGCCCAACAUCGCCAGGUGUAUGCGAUGAUGCUGGGAUACUCAUAUCUCCGCGUAAAACGAAACUUGGGUCAUCGUGGCAUUCAGAUGCGCCAUCGUCAUCAUGCACUGAUCGCCCAGACACAGGAACAUCAAGUGGGGUCGUGAAGAGGAAGUCACUGAGGCGUAUCUUCGGGAGCUCAAAUCCCGCCAAGGACCACCAAACGCCCUCAAGCCCGACAAAUCGAAAAAGAUUGAGUGAAGGAACACCACGUACUGUACUCUCAAGUUGUGACGUUGAACCGUCGGGAGAUCCCACAACGCAAGUGGCUGGAGGUGUAGUUCCCGAUAAUACGACAACAACAACAGCAACAACAACAGCAUCACCAGUAAUAGACGGCGUACUUUCUACUGAAACAGAUUCGAAUUGUUGUCAAUCCGUCGACGAAGGCUUACCGCCUCCCAUGGACGAGAUAACGCUCAACAACUCGCACAUGGUCAGUGUCUUCAAAGUGUUCUUAGUCAUUAGGUUCGUAUAA